AUGAAGUUCUUCAGCUCCCUCGUUGGCCUCGCCGGCCUGUGUGCCGCUCUCCCUCACACCUCCAGGCAAAGCUGGCCCAAUGGUCCUUUCAAGACUAGCGGCCGCUGGGCGGUGGAUGCCUCUGGCAACCAGGUCACCUUCGCCGGCACCAAUUGGCCUGGCCAUGGCGAGGUCAUGGUUCCCGAAGGUCUGCAGUACCUUUCCAUCGAGGGUGUUGUCUCCAAGAUCAAGAGCUUGGGCAUGAACGCCAUUCGCCUUACGUACGCCAUUGAGCUGGUUGACCAGAUCUACGACAACGAUGGUCAAGACAUCGACUUGAAGACGGCCUUUGUCAAUGGCCUUGGAGAGACCAAUGGCACUGCUGUUCUGGCCCAGGUGUUGGCCAACAACCCGUCCUUCACAGAGGAGACCACCCGUCUCCAGGUCUACGAUGCCAUCGCCGAGGAGUGCGCCAAACAGCAGAUCUACAUCCUCCUGGACAACCACAUGUCGAAGGGCAAGUGGUGCUGCUCCGGCGACGACGGUAACACUUGGUGGGGAGACCGCGAGUUCGAUGCUGCGAACUGGGUCCGUGGACUGACCUACAUGGCCAACCACGGAAAAUCAUGGACCGCCUUCGUCGCCAUGUCCCUCCGUAACGAACUCCGCGAAGCCACCGACAACCCGGAUCUCGUCGCCGCCUCCUACCACUGGCAAGACUGGUACAAGUACAUCCAGCAGGGCACCGACGCCAUCAACGGCGCGAACCCCGACGUUCUCAUCUACCUCUCGGGUCUGAACUACGAUACCACCGUCGUUCCCGUCUUCCGCGGCACCGCUUUGGAGCCCGGUACCGAGACCUUCGACCUGGCCGACUUCGAGGGCUACGCCGACAAGCUCGUGCUCGAGAUUCACAACUACGAGGGUACGAUCGGAAGCUGCGACUCGCUGAAGUACAACUUGUACAACCGCGGCUUCCAGGCCAUGAACGAGAGCGAUCCCGCGACUAUUAAUGUCUUCCCUGUGGCGUUGACCGAGUACGGUUUCAACAUGAACGACGCGACCUGGCAAAACGUUUAUGCCACGUGCUUGGCCGAGGCCCUUCCUGAGUUCAAGGCCAGUUGGUUUAUCUGGGUUUUGGUUGGAAGCUACUACAUCCGCCAGGGCACUCAGAACUUUGACGAGUCUUGGGGCCUGUUGAAUGUUGACUGGUCGGACUGGAGAAACAAUGAUUAUGUUGAGCAGCAGCUGAAGCCUAUGAUUGCUGCAACAUUGGCUUAG